UAAACCGAAGAUAACCGCUUAGGACAAUAAAACACCUGGUGGUCUGUUAGUUUCUUGGAAGUAAGGUUUUGAAGCGAAAGAGAAGACUAGUAGAACUAAAUUAAAAAACCUCUUAAGUUAUUAAACCAAGAACAAGAUUCCAAACUUCACUUCCAAUUCAAUUCAAUUCCCACGUGCACUUGCGCGCGUGCGUGUUGCUCUGCUCCAUGGCUUCCAUUUCCGGAUCUCAAUCUGGAGGCAAAAUGGUCCGCCUCCGCCGUACCGCCGUCGCCAGAAACCGCACUCCGUACUCCCGACCCUCUCCACCACAACCUCAGCUGGAAAGCCCCAAUUGGCUUUCACGUUUCGUCAUCUCUCCUACUCGUUUCAUUGCUUCUGGUGCCGGAAAGAUUCUCACUUCUGUUUUGGAUCUUGAAUCUUCCCCUGCUUCUUCAUCCUCCGCUACUUCUUCUUCUUCUUCUUAUCAAGAUUCUGUUGCUGCGGAAGUUGGUGAACUUGAUGAUGUAAGUUACAAUCCUUUUGGAGGUGAGGCUGCAUUAAAAGAGGGUGGGACAUCAAAACCCAACGAUUUAUCCUCGAAGGAGCUCCAACCAUUAGUUGCGAAUAGCAAAAGCAAGCGUGCCAUUGAGCAGCUACUAAUGCAGGAGACAUUCUCAAGGGAAGAAGGUGAUAGGUUGAUUAAAAUUAUAAGAUCAAGAGUUGUGGAUUCUCCUGCAAAUGAUGAUAGGAUUACCAGGCCAAGGGAUAUAUCCAACAUGACUCUUGCAACCGGCUCACCUGAACUAUGUAGUGCUGCUGUUAUGGAGGCAAAGAAAUGGGUGCUAGAAAAGAAGUCUGGAUUAGAUUCAAAUUCUGAUUUAGGUUACCGAAGUCAUAGUUUGAAUUUGAUCGCUUUACCUCAAGCUCCCAAAGAUGAAGGAUCUCCUGUGGAUGUUGCAAAGUCAUAUAUGCGUUCACGACCUCCAUGGUCAUCUCCUUCCAUAGACCAUACUAAGCCUCCUACACUGUCCGGAAUUCAGCUCUUUAAAGAAGAAACUCCACAUAUAUUUGGUGGCAAUUCUACGUCAUCCUUGAAGUUUAAAAGGGAUUCUUCUGCUACCGGGUCAUGGAGUAUUCAGGACGAGAUAAGAAGAGUUAGAUCCAGGGCAACAGAGGAGAUGCUUAGAACACUCCCCUCCUCAAAAAUUGAUUGGUCUGCACUUGCUGCAGAUAGAAAUAAUGUCAACUCAUCUGCAAUUGAGGAUAUUGGAGCUAGGUCGGGGGGAAAAGUACACAAUUUUACAAAUUUAGAUAAAACUGCAAACUUGGCCAGUGGAUUGGGUUCUCAGGUCAUUCCAGAUUUGCAGAGUAAACUGGAUGGGCACCAGCCUGAAUCUGUGCUGCCUGACCCAGCUAAUAUUAUUUCUGAACAGAAUCAGGGCUUUGUAGCUGUUCCAAAAACCAAAGGUACCCAAGAUGACUGUCAUGAAACAACUACUUCAGUGCUAAGAGAUGGGUCCUCAGAUAAUAUGCACAGGGAUGGUAAUCUUGUGAAAGUCAACGGCAUCAAUGAUAAGCAUCAGCCAGGCCCAGUUGAAGAAACUAGGGAAGUUUCAGAUUCUAGAUUACAAGAUGGAAAUCUCUCAGAAUUCAAAGAGAAGGUUGGAGCAGAAGAUGCAUUGUCAAAUGGAUUCCCCUCUUCGGGACCCAGUGUCUGUGUAGGGAAUGUUACUGAACAGAACUCAAAAACAUUGAAUAAUGAACCAAGUACAGUUAAUUCAAGUCAGGAGAGGAUAGCUCAGGGCUUUCUUGAGCAAGAGACUUGUAAAACGUCGCACGGAUCUACUGAAGUGCCUGAUGUGAGUGUAGAUGGUAUUGUUGCUUCCAAAGACAGUGGGUCGCAGAACAGCUCCAGCGUACAGUAUGAGAUUCAACAGAACAGUUCUCAGCCAGGUUCGGAAUCAGGUUUGGUAGCCACGCCAACCAGUAUUGCUAAUCGGAAGAGUAAAAGAUUGGCCAGAUACAACAGAAGGGGUAGCAAAGGUGUCAAAUGAUGCUGGUUGUAUUUUGUAUGUUAAAUUGUAAGUUACUGUUAGCUUGGAAAUAGGGAUUAUGCUGGGUAGGCCAUUUGUUGAGGUUAAUAAUGUUUACAAAUGAGUCUGCGUCAACUUAGGCAGUAUUUUUAGUUCAUUUGUUUUUUGUUCUAUGUCAACGGAAAUCAAGCUCAGGAAAUUGAAUGUAUCAUCUGUAAAAAUAGUUAAUUAGCGACAUGGAAGUUUUUUCUUUUCCUACUUAACUAAUUGACAUGGAUCUGCAUGCACAAGCAUGUGCAACCUGAUAUGUAAAAUUGGCCCCUGGCAGUCAGGCUCCGUGAGGCUCCUCCAUCACAAGCCAACAGAGUUAGAACACGCACCUUCACAGAACAACGGAAGGUAUAGAUGAUUCAUGAUAAUAAUAUGUAAGGAAGGAUGCUUGUUUGUGUGUGUGAUGAUAAUAAUGUGAGGGUGUGUUUGUGUAUUAAUUUAAUUGUAUUAUUAUUAUUAUUAAAUUUUAGCCAAAUGCAUUAUGUGAUGUGAUCUUUUAA